AUGGGCAGCAGCACCUUGGCACUCACCUGUGGGCUACUGUAUAUGUUGGGAGGGCGGGCCCUCUCUCUGUGCUCUCUGACAGACUACACUCUGUAUGUGGAGAAACCCGGUUGCGACUACUGCGUAGCCAUCAACACCACCAUCUGCAUGGGCUUCUGCUAUUCAUGGGACACAAACAUGGUGGGGCUGGUUGGGAAGCGGUUGCUGUUGCAGAGAGGCUGCACAUACCGCUCCAUAGAGUACCAGACCAUUACUCUACCAGGCUGCCAACGACACGCCAACCCACUCUUUUCCUAUCCCGUGGCCCAAGACUGCUAUUGCAGCACCUGUGACACGGGGAGCCAUGAGUGCACCCACAAGGGUGCUGGCGACAGCAGUGUUCAGUGUGCCAAACCUCUGCUCCACAUUUACCCUUACCCAGGGCAGAGCAAUCACGUCUAG